AUGGACGUCUAUGGCACCGCAGCAACCGCCAUCACCCAAGUCUACAAGGUCACCGUCUUCAUCCAAGGCGUCAUCUCCGAUAUCAAAGCCUUUGAUGAUGAUCGUGCUGAGAUUCGCCUUAAACUCAAUGUCCAACUGAUCACCCUACAUUUCUUUAAACGCAUCUUCUUCCGUCCAGAGCAUGGGCUAAUGCUCCCAGGCAAGCUGGAACCCUUCAUUGUCAACACGGUGGAGGGACUGUUAGUACAGAUGCGCAAGACCCUCGCCGAAUAUGAGCUCGUCGCCGCAAAAUAUGGCCUCGUGGGGGAAGAAGACACAGAGGAGAACGAGUGGACAGCGAAAGAGUCGCUCCUAGAGAGAGCCAAGGCUAAGGUCAAGAGCCUGAAGAUGAAGGGGUAUGACUGGUCACUUUUCGACAAGAAGAGGCUGAACCGGAUCCUGGAGGCGUACACCACAUGGUCAAAGGAUCUGCAGAACGUCAUGCAGCACAUGUCGCAGGAUACGCUGGCAAAGCUGGCGGAGAGCGACAGCCAGGGACUGAAGAGUAGUGGACUCGAACCGGUGGUGAAGCGCCGUAUGCUAGUGGAAGCCAAGGCGCCGGAUAGCUACUGCAGUUUGAGUGGGGAGAUUGUUGAAGAGGGCAAGUCGACAGGAGGGUUUCAAUUGGGCAAGUGGUCUACCUCGAGCGCAGAGAGUAUGCAAGUGCUCAUCGAGUAUCAUGAGUACGAGAGUAUUCUCAAACAGGAGGACCUGGAGCCGGAUGAGAUCAAGGAAUACAAAGAGCCCAUCCGCAACCUCGCUUGGCUGCUCCAGAAUACCACCUUUGCCCCGAGCGCCACCGCCGACAGUCUCGAUCAACCUCGAAUCUAUGCGCUGGAAUGUCUUGGCUUCAUCGACCAGCCGGAGCACGAACGUAGCGUCUUCCUCUACCGGCUGCCCCCCUCCGAUACCAGCAACUCCAGCCCCAUAACCCUACACGCCUUCAUCAACGCCAUCGACAGCGACACCAAGCGCCCCCUCAAGAAACCCUCGCUGAACGACCGCUUCAGCGUGGCUCACAGCCUUGCCCUCACCCUCUCAAACCUGCACGCCUCCAGCUGGCUGCACAAAAACAUCUGGAGCCGCGGCAUUCUCCUCUUCCUGCAGAGCGAAACCGGCAUCACGACCUCCGGCAUCUACGAGCGCCGCCUAUCCGCCACGCAGUCACGAUCAGGCCAGAUCGUCGCGUAUCUGGGUGACUGGGGCUACGCGCGCUCCGUCCAGCAAGGCACCGACAUGCGCAGUGACUUCGAGGUGGAGCCCAAUCUCUACCGGCACCCGAACCGCCAGGGAAAGCCCACGCAUCAGUUCCAGCGGCUGCAUGACAUUUACGCGCUGGGGGUCGUGCUACUCGAGAUCGGGCUGUGGGUGACGCUGUCGCGGCUGAUGGAGCCGAAGAUCCGCGAGGCCCAGCGCAGUGGGCGCCUGCCGCCGCGGAAGAAGGUGCUGGAGGAUCUGCUGGGGCUGGCGGUGCAGGGAUUGCCCAAGGAGAUGGGAAUGGGGUAUACAAAGGCCGUUCUGGCGUGUCUGAGGGGGCAGUUCCGGGCCGAGGAUGGGCCGUCGCUGGCGUUGGACUUUCAGGAGAAGGUGGUGGAUGUGUUAGCAAGUGGUGUUGAUUUGUAG